AUGGUUGAUAAUCUUAAAGGUCAAGGGUCUUGGAACUCGUGGGGGUGUCAAAGUAUUGUUCAAGAAUACAGUGGGGUCGAUAUGCUGUUAAAAAAAGCAGAAACAUUGAACCUACUGGAAUUGGAGGAUGUGGAGACUGUUCUCAAUGAUAUUAGAAUAGAUGGAUUUUCAAAUCUGAAGGCUUUGACAGUUGCUAGGUGUGGUGAUAAGAUUAAAUAUCUAGUUGAUACCAAGGAGAGGAUGCCACGUUGUGUUUUUCCUGCGGUGGAGAAACUAUAUCUAUCAAGAAUGCAAGACUUGAGACAGAUAUGCCAUGGCCAUCUCCUAUCUACAUCUGUUUUGUGA